AUGCAAGCGGUCCAGACACUGUUGUCAAACGCGAGUCCAGUUCAGCUCGGAGCUGCUGCAACCGCACUCAUCUGCGUUGUACUCGUCUACGCAUGGUCGACAAAGAUACAUCCGUCUUCGUGUUGUUAUCCAAAAGGGCCACCAAGACUCCCUCUUCUCGGUAACUCUCACAACUUUCCGACCGAAAACUGGGGAGUUAUCUUCAACGAGUGGCACAAGCUCUAUGGUGAUAUAGUCUAUGUUCAGCUUCCCGGAAUGCCCUUCUAUAUCAUCAAUUCACUGGAAAUUGCGCAAGAGCUCUUUAACAAACGCGCAAAGCUCAAUUCAGAGAGAAGGAUAGGGUAUAUGAUCAUGAAUCUCAUGGGUUGGAGCUGGUUACCUGCGUUUAUGAGUCCCGAUGCACUACACGGCAGAAUCAGAACCCUGUUUAGACGUGGCAUAGGGCCAACAAAGAUGCCGUCAAAGGAUCCCCUCAUCGAGAGAAAGGCUCAGGAUUUUGUGCUCGACCUACAAGGCGUAAGAGGAAAUCCGAAGAGCACGGUAUUAAACACCGUCGGAAUGAUCAUUAUCGAAUUGGCGUAUGGCCGAGGCAUCGUGAAGGAGCAUGGAGACGAGAUGAUUGCACUCAACUUAGAGGCAAUGAAUCUGUUGGAAAAGGCCAUUUUGACCGUGUGGACCGUUGAUCUAAUCCCGCUACUGCGCUUCUGGCCAAGCUGGAUGCCUGGAGGAGAAUUCAAACGAUCUGGUGCAUACUGCAAGCAACUUGUAGAUCGAAUCCGGCAAUGGCCAUUCCAAAUGGCUAUCGAGCGCCAUAAAGCUGGGACGCUUGAUCACUGUUUCGCGGAUGACUUGAUGAACGAAUUUGGCACCUCCUUCGAAGUUCGAGACACGCUAGCCAAUAUCUACUUUGCCGGUGUCGAUACAACAUCCACUCUAAUCAUCCGGUUCUUGCACACCAUGUUCAUUUACCCAGAGGUCACAAAGAAGAUGCAAUCUGAGAUUGACUCUGUAGUUGGUCGUGACCGAUCGCCGACAGUAAAGGACCGAAAUGACCUUCCAUACUCCAAUGCCGUCUGGAAGGAAGCUAUUCGGUACAAGUGUUCCAUGCCUCUGGGCAUUCCUCAUUCAAGUAACGAAGAUCAGCUAAUCAACGGGUACUUUAUCCCAAAAGGCUCAAUCAUCAACCCAAAUUUCGGAUCGAUGCUCAGCGACCCAAAUAUAUGGGGUGACCCUGACGUCUUCCGACCCGAACGUUUCCUCUCAUCCGACGCAAGCGCAUUGCCUGAUCCAACCACACUUAUCUUUGGGUUCGGACCAAGGAUCUGUCCAGGAAUGUACUUUGCUGACCGUACAGGAUUCCAUCUCGUGAUCGCGGCAAUGGCAUUAUUCGACAUCAAUCCGCUACCUGGAGAGUCGGUGCCUCAUCCCACAAAAGUUCAGUACCUCAAGAGAGGCAUGCGACUUCCCGUCAAGUUUGAUUGCGUAUUCACGCCGAGGGAUGAUAAAGCCAGACAGGUCUUAUCUUCUCUUGCGUUGAGUCGUUGA